CAAAGGUCACACAAUUCAUGAGGCAAGAUGAUAUAAGAACUCCAGAAACUGCCUGGGAUCUCUCAGGACGUGGAAAAAGACAGGGGACCUCAGAGCCUUGCAUGCCAUCCAGAAGGUGCGUUACCGCCUCAUCUAGGAGGAAGCUUGCCUGGGACCCCCUCUACUGGCUCUCCUGAGAAUAGCAGGGGCAGGCUCUUCACAAUAUCCGGAAUACCUCCAUCCAGACCUGCAAACUAUUCAGCUUUGUUAGGUCUCUGGAACUGACCCAGAGGCCUUUUAGAUUGCAGAUCUAGGUGAAUCCAGGAGCUUCAAGUAGAAACUAACAAGGACUCAGAUCCUUGCUGCAGAAGUUUCUGAAGCACUUCUGUCCUCAGGGGAAGAGGAAGAUGGCUUCCAUGAGCAUGUGGCUGUUCCUUCUGGUUUGCUGUGCAGCCAGCACCCAAGUCCUGGAUGGCAUCAUCCUGAGACCCAGCUGUGCUACUGGGUGGUUUUACUACAAGUCCAAUUGCUAUGGAUACUUCCUGAAGCUAAGGAGUUGGUCUGAUGCCGAGCUGGAGUGUCAGUCAUAUGGAAAUGGAGCCCACCUGGCAUCUAUACUGAGUCUAAGAGAAGCCAAUGUCACAGCAGAGCACAUACGUAUCUAUCAAAGAAACAAGCCUGUAUGGAUCGGCCUGCAUGACCCACAGAAGAAGCAGAAUUGGCAGUGGAUCGGUGGCGCCAUGUACCUUUACAGAAGCUGGACUGGCAAGUCCGUGGAAGGGAACAAGUACUGUGCUGAGAUGAGCCCCAAAGGCAAUUUUUUAACUUGGGACGCCAAUGAAUGCAGCAAGCUCCAACACUUCCUGUGCAAGUACCGACCAUAGCAUGGCCACAACCCAGAUUCUCCCAGCCCUGCACAAGCCUCUUCCUCUUCUCUGUCUGCCAUGCUGGCUCCAUCUGAUCCUUGUCUCAAGCAGUAAACAUACCAACUAAGGCUGAUGAGGCCCUGACUGCACUGAUUUUUUUAGGCUUAGAGGCAGAGACCUCAACAUUGGGAUGACAGUAGCUUCUGCCUCUAGUGGUUGCCCCAGAACCUCUUUCCACAGCACUCCUCAUGUCUCCGCCCCACUUCCAGACGCCUGGAGCAGACAGGUAGAGUGUGUUAUAGCUAGGUCUUUGGCCGUAAGGGAUAAGGUCUGAAAACAAGAGGAGGGAGCUCAGGAAUGAGCCUCUUGCCCUCUUCAGCUUCUGCACAGCUCUGCCUUCUCUCUAUUGCCCACAUCCUCCUCCUCAGACACCUGCUUAGUUUUGAUUUUGUCAUAGGGAAUGCUUACCAGUAUGGUCUUUGCUAGGCAAAUGUGGGCCAAGAUUCCAGGGCCAUCUUUUUUACCAAAGAGUUGUAUGCAUAGACGUUUGUUCUCUUCCAAUUCAGUAGUCAUGGGAGCACAAAAGUGAAAUAAGUCUCAAAACAUACAAACAUAUCCAAGUGUUUCUUCAUCAUCUUCCUCCUAGUCUCUCCCUUCAACCUCCUCAGAAUAACUCCUCCCCAGUUGCAGCCCUAGUUUGAAUAGAGGAGAGAUGGAGGUGACAUGCCUGCACAAACUCUGAGCAGGGAUGAGUGGGUGGCUGGACUAUUUAAUUGUGAAUACUCCAGCUUAUGAGGGGAAAUGAUCAUCACAGCUGUGCUUGGAGCUGACCUGGGCCUUCAGUGCUCAUUUCUUCUCUGCCACUAACAGGCUGUGUCCCUUUGUUCAAGACUCUUUGCCUUGUUUGAGAUUGAGGUGGUUUGCUCGAAUCUGAGGAAGUAAUUUUUCCCUCAUACAGAUUUGUGACUCCCUGGGUCAGGAAUCUAUUGAUCACAUUUGCAUGUCUUAGAGGGGAAUGCCACUGGAGAAGAAAGGGCAUGUGGCUGGGCCAUGCAGCACAGGCUGUGUGGGUGGUCACUUACAUCACCCACGUUGCACUGCCAACCAGUUAAACCAAUAGAAUCUUAUGCCCUAACCUGAGUAGACUCCCCAUCAACUUAGCAGACAACGGUUAGCUAUCAAGUGCUGGCUGAAAAACAGAUACAAUGAAGAAAAGGGAAGUGAGACAGAGCAUCGACCCUCCGCCCCACUCUCUUCUUCUCUCCUCCUUUUCUUCUUCCUUCCUCCCACCACACUCUUGUCAUUCUUUUGGUUGUCAAAGGGGAAAACAUCAGAAAUAAUGUAUUUCUCCCUCAAGCAUUGAGAGAUUGUUAACCCAAAGGAUAUAUCUCCUAAUAGUGAGAGCUCAGACAAGAUGACAGGCAGAUGGAAAAGGGUCAUUCUUUGAAAGCAUAAAGUUAACUUCAGCAAAAAGCAGCCAGCAUCUCCUAAAAAGGUUCAGGGAUACAGCUAGCAGACUUGGUGCCUUUGUGGGAAGAAAGGAUGUCCUCAUGGACCUUCAGGGUUUACAAAGCAGGCUGGAUUCCAGCCCCUACUUGAUGCUUAGCCAUGUACUUUUGUGCACUGCACAAACUAUACAGCCCUCUUGUGUGGACCUGGUGACACACAUGGGCUAAGAGUGGAGCAAGGUGGUUCUCUACCUGGGUGCUAAGGACCAUCCUUUGGGAAGCUCUAUUCUAAGGACCCACUUCAGUAUCAAGUCUGAAUUGAGACACUGGAGAAGCAUCUCAUGUGAGAAAGACAUUGUUUCUAAAGAUAUGCUCACUUAUAUAAAGACUCCAGUCAUGGUCUAUGGUGGUUUAGUCCAGUGGGAAGAGCAAAGGUUUUGGAAUUAAGCUGCUCUGGGUCUGACUGACUCUGCCUCAAACUGGCUGUAUGAUAUGGAGCCUAAAGUCUCUGAGCCUCUUCUUUUUUCUCACGGAUUUGGGGAUUAAAUUAGUUAAAAGAU